AAAACCCACCCCCACACAGUUUUUUUUUAAAAAAAAAAACAAUGGGAAAAACACUAAAGCUGAUGAUGCCCUUGUGCUUGUGGUUGUCAGCAGCAGCUGCCUUGGCCAUAGCCGUGGAGGCUGGAAUGGACUGUGGGGCGGUGGGGACGUUGAUAGCGACGUGUACGGAGUACGUGAACUACGGGUACCCGGAUCCUAUACCCGGGUCGAGAUGCUGCGACUCCAUGAACGUGCUGAGCAUGUACUCUUCCGACUCCACUGCCAGCAAACGGUGGCUUUGCCAUUGCUUCAUCCAUCUCAUCACCCUCUACAACCCCAACGCCACCGCCAUUGCCACCUUGUCCGGCUUCUGCGGCGUCGUUUUGGGCUUCACCGUCGACCCCAACACCGACUGCAACUUCAUUCAGUGACACUCAUCUGAUGCGGACGAAUGUGAUCAUUUUUUUGGGAAGCAAGAAAGAGACUUUGUGGUGUUACAUUGGACCGACGAUGUUCUCGCGCGUGGGG